AUGAGUUUAUCUGAUCUAUUAGUGGAUUAUGGUGAGAGUGGUCAUUCCUAAUUUGGUAUAUUACUUUAUAAUCUCUUAGAAGAACAUAUUAAAAAGUAAUUUACUGGUCCAGCUAAAUUUGCUACAAAAAUUGAUCCGCUAUAAGGAGGAGAUAAUACAAUAAAACCACCAUCAUUGAAUAGUUUUCAUAAAGAAACGGAUCAUAUCCAUCCAUCACAAUCUCCAAACUCAGGAAUGAUUUAGUUUUCCCCUAAGACUUCUAUACUUGAAGAGAAAAAUUUAAUGAAUAACUAAAAUAAAGAAUAACUCAAAGAUAUUGGUCAGACAAAUGUAAUCAACCAAUAGAAAGAAGGCAUCAAUAAUUUCAUUAAACUUGUAUUGGCAAAAAGCUAUUUCAACCGUUUUGUUGAGAAUAUGCUUUAAAAAUCUUAUGUUAAGAAAUUGUCUCAUUUCAACCUAUAUCAAAAUACUAUGUUGGAUGAUCUAAGAUAUAUUGAUUCUAAACAUAAAAUUCAUAAGAAUUUAAUUGGCAAAAUUUGUAAGAAACUUAGAUUUGUACCAAUACUUGAUUAAAGUAGUUAUUUAGUUAUAGGAUGGCAAUUAUUACACAUAUUGACAAUAAUCAUAAUAUUUUUUUGGACUCCUUUUAAUAUAUCCUUUGGAAUUACAUUUGAUUAAGUAGUAUUUGGAACAUUAACAGUAAGAGAAGUAGAAUUCUAUUUUUUAUUUUCUAUUGUAGUAGAUGCAUUCAUUGUUAUUAAUACUUCAUAUAUAGAAAAAGGAAUCAUUAUUAAAUAGAGAGGCAAAAUAUUUAUUAAUUAUGUUAAUACACAAGGAAUUUACGAUUUAGUAAAUGAUAUCUUAUAAUCAAGUGUUCAUUCGCAUCAAUGUUAGUUGCUUAACAAUUUAAUGUAGACAGUUCUAAUGAGAAGAUUGGUUGGCAAUUGAUUCCUUACACAAUAUACUAUUGUAGUAGAUAAUUUAAAUUAUAAGCCAGAGUUCAUAAAUUAGAAGAGUAAUAUUUAAAUUAAUCUUUUAGAUUUUUCAAUUUUUCAGGUUGGGUACAGGAUCUUAUUGAAUUAAUUAAACUUUUAUUUAUGGUUGUUUAUGUAGGUCAUCUUUUUGCUUGUUUAUGGCAUGGAGUAGCAUUCUAUUAAAUAGGAAUUAGAAAAACAUGGCUUGAAACAUAUGAUGUUGCUGGUUAAGACAUUUUUACAAAAUAUAAUUAUGCAUUUUAUUGGUCUGUAUAAACAAUGAUUACAGUUGGUUAUGGAGAUCUAACACCUUAGAAUAAUUAUGAAAGAUUAUGUGCAAAUUUGAGUAUGUUUUUAGCAUGUGGUGUAUUUGCCUUUUCAUUUAAUAGUAUUGGUCUUAUGUUAAGUAAUUUAAAUUCCAGAUAAGUCCUAUAUAAAAGGAGUACAAAUCUAUUGAAUUCUUAUUUGACUAAAAAUUAAAUAAAAAUUGAAUUGUAAUCUAGAAUUAGAAAUUAUUAUGAUUAUAUUUUUUAAGAAGAACAAGAAAUAAAUGAUGAAGAAGUCUCAUAAAUAACAACAAAAUUAUCUAGUUCUCUAUAAGAAGAAUUAAAUUUCGAAAUUAGAUUAAAUGUAAUGAAGACAAAUAAAGUAUUAACCAAAUUCUCUUAGAAAACAUUAAGACAACUUUCUUUAGUAAUUGAAGAAGUAAGAUAUUCACCUGAAGAUUAAAUUUUAUUACAAGGUACUUAAGAUGAUUGUUCUCUAUAUAUAAUAACAAAAGGAACAGUAUCUGUGUAAUUUUAAGAUGAACCAUAAGGUAGAAAUACUAGAGUUCUUUCAUAUUUAGAGAAAGGGGAAUCAUUUGGUGAAUAUUCAUUUUUUACAGGACUCAAUAGAUGUGCAUCUGCAAAAAGUAUAGGAUUUUCAAGAGCUUACAAAAUCCAUAGAUAAUCUUUAUUAAAUGUUUUAUAAACUAAUUAAAUUGACUUAGUAUAAUAUAAUAUAUUUUAGGAACGCUUUUGUGAAGUUAGAGAUUCUAUAUUAUUAGGUGAAAAUUAUUAGCCUGCAAAAUUAAGUUGUUAUUCUUGCAAAAAGUUUAAUCAUUUAAUUAAAGAUUGUCCAAUACUUCAUUAUGUACCAGAUAAAGAGAGAGUGAUUAAAAAAGAGAACUAUCCUUUUUAAUAAGACAGAAGUAUAAAAUAUAAGAGAAAAAGGAGUGAUAGAAAUUAUUAUGCUACUCUUUUGGAAAUGAAAAAGACCAUUGCUUAUGUUAGAGACUUUUAAACAAGAGAAAAUUAAGCAGAUAAUAUUACUGUUAUUGAUGAGGAUUUAGAUGUUUCUUAUGAAGAUAAUGAUGGUUCACCUAAUGAAUAAGAAUAUUGUAAUAUAUCAUUCAUUAUAUCAUUUAGCUUCUCUUUCAAAAAGUUAUUCCAAAGUUUCUAGAUAAUAAUCUUAAAAUAGAUCCUAUUCUUAAUAUGAUAAUAAUACUAAAAAUCUAUAACCUAUAUAAGAAAGUGAUGACUCUAUAGAUAGUCCUAGUCCAAAUAAAAGAAGAAAUAUGUAGGUUAAAUAAACAUUAUAAACAGCUGGUUUUGGAGUUCAAGAUUCUUUGUAAAAUAAAAUAAGAAAUGAUGAUUUAGAUUAAAAUCUUUCUAGUUUUGGAAAUGCUACUCCUUCAAUUAAAGAUGAAAAUAGAUAUACUAUUAAAAAUGAUUCAUUAUGUUUACCAAGUCCUAUUGAUAUUCCAGGUAGGAUGACAAAAAAAAGAAUUACUUUAGUUAGAAAAUAAAAAAGAGAAGAAUCUUAUAAACCAUUUUCAUCUUAAACUAAAGUAGAUGUUUCUUAAGAAAGAGAAAAAUCUUAAACAAAAAAAUCUAAAAUCAAAGAUCCUUUAGUUGAUAUUCCAGUCACUCCUUCUAUCUAAUCUGUUGAUUUUAAAAAAGAUUAAAUAGAUAGAAAAGAUGAUAGAAGAGAUUAAAAGAGAAAGACUACAAAAACUAAGACAAAUAGAAGUAGAACUGCUAAAACUCAUAAAACAACCAAAUUAGUACCUGAAACUCCAACUUAAGAGAUUUCAAUUCCUGUUUUUGAGAGAUAACCUGUAUCUAUGGAAUUGGAAGAUUUUGAAAUAUUGAAGAAUUUUACAAAUUAUUUUAGUUGGAAUAAUGCUAAAGUUGUUGUUGCAAGAACAAUGAAGAUUUUAUUAAAGAAUCUUGAAAAAAGAAGAUAUUAUCUUCAUUAAUUUUCAUUUUAUACAUUUAAUUCAUUAGCAAUUACUAAAAUUUCAAGAAUAAAAAGAAAACUUAAAUUAAUGUAAUUUAUAAUAAUAUUUAAAUUAUUAUAGAGAAGAUCCACCUUAAGAUGAUAAAAAAGAUAAGAAAAUUAUUCAUCCAUUUAAUAAAACUAUAAAAGGUAGAAGACCGAGUAAAAGAAGUACAUAAACUGAUGAUAUAACUGGAUUAUUUUAGAAGAAACCAUAAUUUGGAACUCAAAUCUAAUUACUAUAAGGAAUUUCUCUUUCCAGAUUUAGUCGAAAUGAAUUAGACUUUAGAUGA